AUGGUGCAACAAGAGCCACCCAGGACCACUGCCCACCCAGGAGGCGGCGAGAAGUGGGAGAUAAGGUCUACAAGUGUCCGCACCUGCUCGCUCGAAUUCAUGCAGAAGGGGCACCUGAAGAUACACAGGCUUACACACAUUGGCGAACAGCCCUUUAAGUGCGCUUCCUGCCCUUACGUGACGGCCGAUAGGUGUGACCUGGUGACUCACGUGCGCACCCACACGGGCGAGAAGCCUUUCAUGUGCAAGCAGUGCCCUUACACGUGUGCCAGGAAGAGCCACUUGGCAUCGCACAUGCGCACCCACACGGGUGAAAAGCAGCACAAAUGCACCAUAUGCCCGUACGCAUCUGCCUGGAAGAUAAACUUGACGCGCCACAUACAGUUGUGCCACGGUGGAGUGCAGUUGCUGCCACAAGACCAGCCCGGUGAACGGCAAGCAAAUGUGCAGAUGUGA